AAGCCUUUUUAAUUAAUUUUAAAUAUAAUAGAUAUAUAUUUUAUAUGGGUAUCUCUGUUUGGUAUUAAUCAUUUUGUUUUGAUUUGAUUUAAUAUUAUGUGUACAUGUUUAGUUUUAUUUUUUAAGUUCGUGUUUUAGCCAUGAUUUUAUUUGUAAAAUCAUUAUUAACAUGGAAUUGAAUUAUACCUGUAUAAUUAUUUUGUAACGCCAUAAUAUAAUUCCACUGUGGUUAUGUCUUUUAUGUAAGUAUUAAUUGUAAUUGUUAUUUACUUUAUGCUCAAUAAUAAAAUAAGAGAAAAGAGCCAAAUUAUGAUUAUUGUCGUAUCAAGUUGGUUUGUCAAACAGCAUGUCUAAUAAAUAUAAUUAUUUAAAAAUGUUUUAGAGUAAGAAAAAAAGGGAAAAAAUGCACUCGUAAGUCAAUUUCUAAUGAACAUAUACAACAUUCUGAGUUUAUUAAAAAAUGUCAUCAAAAAUUAAGAUUGAAUUCAUUGGCCAUAGGUGCUGAAGAAGCAUGGAGGAAUCAUUGUUCAGAUGAUUCACUUUUAAAAGUAAAACUAAAUUUUUAAUAUUCUUUUAAAUAUGUAAUCAUUAUCAACACAUUAAGCUUAAACUCUUCCACUUUUUCUAUCCAUCAACCAAUCUAUCAUUCUCAUAUCCCUUUCCACACUGUCCCUACAUCUGGUUCUUUGUCUGCUAAGUGGUCUUGUCUAUUUUUGUUAUUAGAACAUUUUUCAAUACAUCCCUAUAUACUCUCCAAAUAAUACAUAUUAUGUCCUAACCAUUUCAGUCUUUUACAUCUCGUAAAUGUUAGUAUGUUGGGGAACUCAUAUUAACAGUACAACUCAUCUUUGUGUUUUUAUUUCAUGAAUUCCUGAGUCACUAUUAUACACAUGUACAUGAAUAUUUCUUAGAAUUUUUCUCUCCUAUAUAGUCUUCUACUAUUCUCUUUUUUCAUGGACCAAGUCUCACAAACAUAAGUUACUAUUGAACUAAGGUAGCUUGUGAAUAAUGUGAAUUUUGAUUUUCUCUAUAGUAAAUUUGAUUUUAAUCAAAAUAUGUUAUAGUAUAUUAUAUUAUUAUUUUAUUUAUUUCAGAAUUAUUCUUGUUCCAUGCACAAACUUGCAUCACAGUUUUGGGAUACAAACAACAAAAAUGAACCUUCAAGUUGUAGAAUAUUAUGGAUAACUAAUAAUAUAUGCACAUAUUUCCAAGACAAUUAUUUAUAUGAAAUAAAUAGAGAAAAAUCUUUAGCAAAAAAGUUUAAUGUAAAUUGGGAUAUGAAUAUUAUAACUAAUACCCCUAAAAAUCCCUUUUAUUUACUUGAUGUAGGAAGUUGUUAUAAUCCUUUCCAAAAAUAUACACAAUUUAAAGUGUUGCCUAUUGAUUUAGCACCAGCUGUUGAAAGCGUUGUUAAAUGUGAUUUCCUUUCAGUGCCUCUGGACACAAAGUUAAAUAUUUUUGAAAAUGAUUGUCAAACAUUACCGUUAUCUAAUUUUGAUGCAGUAAUAUUUUCAUUAUUUCUUGAAUAUUUUCCAUUACCGCAACAAAGGUAUAAAUGUUGUGAAAAAGCUUAUAAUGUUUUAAAACCCGGUGGAUUGUUAGUUAUAGCAACCCCAGAUUCAAGCCAUGCAUCUUAUAACUCUAAGUUAAUGAAAAAUUGGAAGAUCUCUUUAGGAUGUUUAGGAUUUUGGCGUAUUAAAUAUGAAAAACUUAUUCAUUUACAUUGCAUGGUAUUUAGAAAAUGUUUAUUGAAACAAAUUCCUAAAAAUUGGUUUGAUUCUUUGAAUAAUACAAAUAAUGUUGAAGAUUUAAUCACUAUACCACAAGACUUAAGAAAUCAUAAAAUUAAUAAUGAAACAUUAAAAAUAAUAGAACAACGCGAUGAUGACAUGGUAGCUAAUUUAUUUUCUGAAUUAAUAAAUAUAUAAUUAUUUGAAUGUUU